GUUCCAAACAACAAAAACAACAGUAGAAUUGCCAUUCUGCAGAAAAGAUCCCAUCCCAAUUUCUUUGCCUUGACAAGUUAAAAAUGGCCAAUUCAUUCACUUUCGUUCUUAAACUUUUCCUUUUGAUCUCUGUGUGCAAUGUGUCUAUUGCUUCAAGAAUGCUCGCUGGUCAAGACCAGCAAUUCCAGGUGUUAGAAUAUCACAAAGGCCCACUUUUAACUGGGAAAAUUUCAGUCAACUUGAUUUGGUAUGGUAAAUUCAAGCCUUCCCAAAGAGCCAUUGUUGCUGAUUUCAUUUCCUCACUCUCUUCUUCUUCAUCCACUCAACCACCACCGUCGGUUGCUUCCUGGUGGAAAACCACCGAGAAAUACUACCGUCUGGCCAAUUCCAAAAAGCCCUCUUCACUUUCUCUCAAUUUGGGCAAACAAAUUCUUGACGAGAAUUAUUCCCUCGGGAAAUCGCUCUCCCAGAAACAAAUCCUACAAUUGGCUUCAAAGGGUGAACAGAGGAAUGCAAUCAGUAUCGUUCUCACUGCCUCCGAUGUUACCUUCGACGGGUUCUGCCGGAACAAAUGUGGGUUCCAUGGAUCUGCAAAUGGUGCUGUUAUCAAAGGAAAGAGCUAUAAAUUUGCAUACAUUGUGGUCGGGAAUUCCGAUACCCAAUGUCCCGGAUACUGUGCUUGGCCAUUCCACCAGCCCCAAUACGGGCCCCAAACUCCGCCACUAAUUGCCCCGAACAACGACGUGGGUAUGGACGGAGUAGUGAUCAAUCUGGCAAGCCUAAUGGCCGGAACAGCUACCAAUCCGUUCGGGAGCGGAUACUAUCAGGGUCCGGCCGAAGCUCCAUUGGAAGCCUCCUCUGCUUGCCCUGGUGUCUAUGCUAAGGGCGCUUAUCCGGGAUAUCCAGGUGACUUGUUGGUUGACCCGACAACCGGUGCAAGCUACAAUGCACAUGGUACAAACGGCCGGAAAUUCGUGUUGCCGGCGUUUUAUGAUCCUUCCACCACUUCAUGUUCCACUUUAGUCUAAAAAAAUAUUGUUCAAUUUCUAGACAGAAUAUGUAGCAAGCUGUAAUAUACAUUAUACUGACAUUGUAACUUAUUAUUCUUUCAUUCAUUUGUUCUAUUAAUUAAUCAAUAAUGGAAAAUUUAUUUAAAUUGCUAAUCCUGAACUCCCCCAGUACCAAAAAAUGUGCCUUUUCAGUUUUGACUAAAAGUAUUGUUACCCUUCUUGUCCUGUUUUGAGAUUGCUGAAGAGGGAGUAAAAAUAAAAAAACUUGAAACUGUUUCCAAACAUAGCAUUGUGAUCUUCUAUAGAGCUGUUAGCAGUAUAUUUUCUCGAUAUUUUGAAAAGGGAAGACACAGAACGUUUGUGAAUUCUGGAG